AUGGAUGUGGCUCUCGAUAUUCUCGAUCCCUUCGUUCUGGAUAAGGCUUAUGCCUGGGCGUUACCUUAUCCUGGCGUCGACCUGACCAAUUCCACAGAUUCCAGUCUCUCGGCGCCUACCUCCUUAUGGCCACGCGACAACAUCUAUCGUCAAAUCAUCUCGAUUCUCGUCAUCACUCAAGUCGGCGCGACGCUCCUCUACCUCUUCUUCAGUGCUCUAUCCUACUAUUUUAUCUUUGACCGACGGCUCGAGUACCAUCCUCGCUUCUUGCCGAAUCAAGUCUCUCAGGAGAUCAAAUCAUCGCUGGCCGCUGUUCCAAUCAUUAAUAUUCUGACCUUGCCGUGGUUCCUGGCUGAGGUGCGCGGUAAAAGCUUGCUUUACGCCAAUGUUGACGACUAUGGCUGGCCCUGGCUGAUAAUCUCGUCAAUCCUGUACAUGGCUUUCAAUGAUUUUGGAAUUUACUGGAUCCAUCGCUUGGAGCAUCACCCUAGCGUGUACAAGUACAUUCACAAGCCACAUCAUAAAUGGAUCGUUCCCACUCCAUGGGCUGCACUGGCUUUCCACCCGCUUGAUGGAUAUGUGCAGUCUCUUCCAUACCAUGUCUUCGUCUUCAUUUGCCCAAUGCAGAGAUAUCUGUACAUGGUCCUCUUCAUUGCGGUCCAGAUCUGGACCAUCCUGAUUCACGACGGUGACAUGAUUACGGGUCAUUGGACUGAAAAGUUCAUCAACAGCCCCGCGCACCACACAUUGCACCACAUGUACUUCACCGUCAACUAUGGACAAUACUUCACCUGGGCCGACAAUUAUUAUGGCUCGCACAGGGCACCGGAGCCAGCGCUAGAUCCUCUGAAUGAUGCCCUCAAGGUGAUGCGCGCGAAGGGGCUCGUGGACGAGCAGGGCAACCCAAUCAAAAAGCCAAAACGCGAGUAA